CGCGCAUGCGCCAUAUUGACCAGUGGCAGCCGGCUAGCCGGGCGACAGGCCAACUGCCGGUUAUUCAACUUUCAAGGAUGUUUAGGGCCCCCCAGAUCCUGAUUUGGUCUUGUCCCCUCAGGCCAUUGCUGCUAUUGAGAGAGUGCCACCUCUCUGGUUUCUCUAAGCAUGCUGCUGCUGGAUGGCAGGGUGCAAGGGAUGGGAAGAGGAGGAGAUAUGACGGGCUCCCUGGAAGUAAGGAGAGGUCAUCAGAGACUGGACCUUGUGCAACACAGCUGUCUUUAUUUAACUCUAACUGUGACAAUCCGAAGCAGAGAGAGGCUUUGUCUCAAAACUUCCCAUCCAAAGCCACUUUGUCCAGCUAUCAACACCUCCCUCAGGUUCCUGCCUCAGCAAACCCCAAAGCUGUGAGAACUUACCGAGACUGUUUAAUCAACACAACUUGCCUUCAGCCCUGGAGGAGGCCGUGGGACAUUUGCCAACCUUCACACGGUUCCACCUGUAAGACUCGGUGCAACCUUCUCCAAAGCCGUUCGUAUUGCAGACAGCACUCUAUUAGACCUUUCAGCUCGUCGACACGUGCGCCAUGGAUUUUGAACCACUUUCUCAGUAGACGACAACCCUCCAGCCUCUCUUGUCAAAAAAACAGAGCAGUUCAUCAGGCCGCCGCUCACGAGGUUGACGGCUGGAGGGAAUGUCUUUCCCUGCAGAAUGAAAACAGGUGUCGACAGAGCCUGGGGCCUAACUUGAAGCUGUACGAGGCCGGAAAAAAGGGGGCAACUGAGAGCCAGGGAAAGAGCCAGGGGAGAUGGGCGUCAGUCCUGGUCUCUCUGUGCUCUAAUCAGGGGGAGCCGGCGGUUCUUUUCACCCUGCGCUCCAGCACUUUGAAGGGCCGCCACAAGGGAGAUGUCAGCUUUGCAGGAGGAAAAAGUGAUCCGUCAGAUAGCGAUGUGGUGGCCACGGCGUUGAGGGAAGCCAGGGAGGAGCUGGGUGUUUGUGUGGCGACGGAGCAGGUCUGGGGCAUCUUGAAGCCUCUCAGAGACAUGUCGGGCAUGAUGAUUGCUCCUGUACUCGCUAACCUUGGCCCCAUGGAGGAGUUGUCCUUCGAACCAAACCCUGGGGAGGUCGAGGAGAUUUUCACCUUGUCCUUAUCCCACCUGUGCAACCCUCACAACCGCGGCUACACACACUUCCGCUCCGGUGACAAGUACGGAUACACUGUACCGGUGUUUCGUAACGGGAAGCAUCGAGUGUGGGGUCUGACAGCCAUUGCCCUGAACCACACCCUGCAGCUCAUUGUCCCCCAUUAGCAGCUUUUACAGUUUAUGGCACACUCGUCAUGUGACUCUAGGACUUGAUCUAGGCAUAUGUGCAGUCAAGGUUUGUGUAGCAAAAUCAAUCCAGGAAUCAGUGUGAAUGUGAAAUAUUUUUCUUUUAUGAAGGUAAAUUUCUUUCCAGUCAGGAGAAGAUAUAUAUAUUUUUUCCACUUGCGCACUUUCUGAGCCUCGGGUGUAUAAAAAUGUCUACCGAAUGGAUCAUGUGUAUAAAGGUGGUGGCCGGCUGUGAGCAGUUGUUGGACGUCUUAGAUAUGACGUAACAACAUCAAAAAGCAGUGCCAAUACUUUAAUUAUACCUGAAUGAUUCUUACCUGAACAUUUAUCGGUAUUUCUCUGUAUUAUGAGCUACUUUAAUUUAGCAGCAGUUACCAAAAUAAAGAAUAUUAACAAGCUAAAUCAAUGAGUCGCUGAGAGUUUUCCCCCUGAGGCUUGUUUUUAUUACAUUUUUAUUUUGUGCAGAGAUCAUAGUUUCCAGUGUGAUUCAGCUCACGUCCGUUUUUAUCUCACACUGGAUCAAAUCUUGACUGUUUAAAAACACUGAAAGGAUAGAAGAGCAUUGUGUGUGUUGGUGAACAAUGCAAUAAAGGUUGUUUUGAAGGUA